UUUAUGGACUUUCUAUUUGUUGUAGAUAUGUCAGAUCUCAAAAGUAAAGCCCUCAUUACAUCGGCAGACAAUUUACAAAUACCUAGGACGACGAGUAUUAGUCCCUCCAAUGGCUCGGCAACGGGUAAUCCACGAAACAAGUGCGCUCUUAAGCCCGGGUACUCACUGAUGAGUUGGAUACGACUGUGUAAAUCUGGUACUGACCUUUCUGGAACUGCUGGAAAAAUUUUGCCGGUAACCAACGAAGAGUUGGCUCGCCAUAAUAAUGUAAAUGAUGCUUGGCUAGCGAUACGUGGAAAAGUAUUUAACGUUACCCGGUAUAUGGAAUUUCAUCCAGGAGGUGUUAAUGAGCUGCUACGAGGAACAGGGAAAGAUGCAACAAAACUUUUUGAUGAGGUGCACGCCUGGGUAAACUAUCCUCAGUUGCUUGAAAAGUGCUACGUAGGACCGCUGAAAAACGAUUGUCACAAAAUGCCUUUGAAACUAAGUGACCCACCAAGUUUUCCACGUUUUGAUUGGAUGCAGCAGCGCAGUGAAGUAAUACUGUGUAUACAUACUUAUUGCUUCGCAAAUCCAGGGAUAUUGCUAAAGCACAAAACCACAGAAGUUAAAACUGGCUUAGAUCUGCUUGUUUACGUGGAUAAGAACUGGCAUCAAUUUUAUAUCGAACUAACCGGCGCGGUAUAUUGGCCACCAAAAACAGUUUACUCAAAUGUAGAAACUGGAAAAUUAGAAAUAGUUCUACGCAAACAGAUGCCCGUUUCUUGGUCUUCCUAUGGAACGAUUAAGAGUAUUAAAGUGGAGCAAGCACUUAAAUCAGAGGAGGAAAUGUACAACUUUCAAGUUCUACGGAAGGUGGACUUAAAUCACAAUUCGUUUGAGUUCAAUCUGCAGAGCGUAGGACAAGAAGCAAUGCUUAUUGUGCCGAUUGGUUACCAUGUAACAUUUCAAUUGAACUUUGAAGGUGUUGUUCUAGAACGUAGUUAUACGCCCGUUCCACACAAAUAUAUGUCUGCCAAUGGCUUAUCAUCUGCAUCAGAGGCAAGCACAUCACUGGAUUUUCUCAUUAAGCGUAACGCAUUUGGAAAAAUUUCACCCCGACUAUACAAACUCCAGGAGAAAGAUAUUGUACGGGUCAGUCUGCCGUAUGGAAAGUUUUUAUUAAAUGCAUUGGCUUUACAUCGAAAUAUAUUGUUAGUGGCAGCCGGUAGCGGAAUCACUCCUAUGCUCGGACUAUUUGAACCUCUUUUAAAACGUAAUAUAAACCGCAUCGAACGCCUGCUUUUAAUGUAUUUUAAUAAAACGCCGUUGGAUAUUUGGGUACACGACAAAUUAAGGAUGGUGGAAGUCGACGAUGAACGCUUUUGUCUCUUAAAUAUACAUUCUUAUGCCAAUAUGGAACAAUUUAAACCUUUGAUUAAAAAUACGACUACAUCAACUUUUACCUACGUUGCUAUAUGUGGGCCUGAUGGAUUUAAUUCUACUGUCCUGGAAAUUUUAAAAGAGCUCAACUUCAAUAUGAACCAAUUGCAAGUAUUCUAAUGCCGAAAAACCUUAAUUUUAAUUAUGUUGUUAUGGUUUGUGAGUUUCUUCCUGAAAGGAAAAUGCCAAGACAACAAAGGAACGCGAUGUAGAUGCAAAUACCAUGUAUAAAUAUGUAAUAUUUUUAGAAAUUUGUAAAUGGAAUUUAAAAAAAAAUAUAUAAAAAACUUUAAAGUUUGUUGAGUGUGA